AUUUCUACCUGUACCAGCAUACACAUCUCAACUGCUUACCAGGAUUAAAAGCAGUCUAUUAUCAGAUAUCCUGCCAAUCAUACAGUAUAACUUUUAACCAGUAAAAACAGGCCCACUUUGUCUUUUUUAAACUAUACGUGCAAGCACAUUUCAUGUUGGUAAGGUCUCCCCUUACAGUAAUAAUAGGUAACCUAUAGAUGUCCCAGUGAGGACAUUUCUAUAGAAACAUAUAGCUUGUUUUCAUUUCAGUCACGAAAUAAGAACACGAGUGCUUAAUAGGUCAGUAAAUGUUUUUAUUAAAUGUUUUUUUUGUCUCUGAACAAAACGGUGAAAGUGACCUUAAUGUAAUGAGUGAACAAGACUUUUUUACCCCCUUUUGUCCAUCAAGAGGCUGACCUUCCUCUAAUUUACAGCAUCGGCAAUAACAGGCACAGGUGAAUUUCGAGGUGACAAGAUACAUUAUAAUUUAAGAUCCUCCUUUUCAAGUUUAUGGAAACGUUAAGUAGGAAACAAGGAUAAUCAUUUAAACAAAUUAAUACAUUUAUGUUGGCGCAAUACCACAAGUAUGUACUGUAUCUAAUAACACUAUAAACACCUCUGGAAUUUGCGACAGGAAUCAGUAAUUCUGCGACAUGUAUUGUUCACAUUUUAGGAAAUUCAGUGAUUCCUAAGCUUUGGUCUUGUGAACGUUUAUCGCCACAUCAUUAUUAACAUUAUAAACAGACAGUUUUUUUAAAAAUAUAUACAAAAUUUCAACAUAUAUGUAGCCUACAAUAACAGUCUUACUAUUCUAGGAUUAACAUUCUGCACAAGUGUUUCUAAAAAGUUAAAAAUUGUCAAUAAAAGUUAGGCUUUUAUUCAGGCCCAAACUAAUUCCACAAUAAAUAAAAAACAGCAAGGGUCGGGGGGGUGGACGACACUUUUUAGUUUUCGGUGACGCACGCCUUUUCUACAGCCAGCCCACGGGAUGUUAUUUCUACAAACAGUCUACGUGUAACUUAAAAAAAACUUUCCCUGUACGUACUCACUUCAAACCAAUGCUGGAGAGCCGACAAGCCGGGAUUCAGGGAGUGUGCUCAGGUGGCUUACAGCGCGGUACAACUCGCCCAUCAGGAAAUGCAACCCUCCUCUCCUGGUUGCGUGAGGACAUGGGUGAAAGUGAGACUCUUUUUCAAAGAAAAUCAAAUGCAAACGAAGUGCCUCAAUCACUUUGAGUCCAAUUAAAAAUGAUCGCAGUGACUUUCGGGGGCAAGCAUAGGCGAACAACGUGGGAACUCGCGAAAGGUAAACGACCUGUUUAGGUGUUUUAUUUAUUUAAAAAGGGAAAAUCGGACAGGCUGUUUUUUUAUAGCAUCUUUAUUUUAUGCGUCAGUUUGAAGCUUUUAAAAUCGUUUUAAGGCUAUCAUUUGUCUUCGUAAUUCAUCGGAGCUAGCAGCCUGAAUUGUAAUGCCACGCAGGCACCCUCACAAAGUACUGCUCAUAAUAUCGCACAAAGGACACUGGUACCAAACUGUGGUUCACGUCGAUAAUUUUGAAUGUAGAACUUUUUUAACAAAACUACUGAACUAAUACAAACACUAUGAGGAUAAGGAAAUAUUUCAGAGGCAGUGGACGUGUACUUGCGUUUGUUUUCAUUGCCUCUGUCAUUUGGUUACUUUUCGACAUGGCAGCACUCAGGAUGUCAUUCAGUGAUGUUAACAGUCAGCUUUUAAAAGAACUAAUAAUAAAGGAAAGGGAGGCACUCAGACGACAGACAACAAGCAGGAUUCCUUCCCUGAAAAAAGCACCAAAACUUCCAGAGGUUAAAACAGAAAUACAACAGACAAGUCAUGUAAAACUGGAAAAACACGUCAAAAAGGAUGCAGUUUAUAAGAAAGAGGAAGAUGUUAACAAGAAAAAAACAAAUGUGAAAUUUGCUCUUAAAGAUAUGGAUCCUGUACUAAAUAAAGCUGCAAAAUCUAAAGGAAAUGGGGAGUCUAAAGACACGCAUGAGAAAACGGAGGUAAAAAGGGGCGGAAAACAAAGCAAUAAAAUUAAAGCAAUGAAGUUGCCCCCAACCUUAAACACGAACAUUUCCCUCCCCGUGGUAACUUUUAAAGUGAAUAAGAAAGAAAACACAGUCAAAGGUCAACAACAAACAGACAAGGUGAGGCAGAUCGCUUUAGAAGUACAAAUAGGUAAAACCAAUCCCGUCCCAAGGAAAAAAGCAUCAAUUGAAGAAGCAAGAAAUUUGUCCAAAGCUCCUCCUGGCGUGAAGGAUGAGGAACUGCACUUAAUACAUCAAUUUGGACAAAAGUCUGGGCAGACAAAUGUGACACUUUCAGUUAUUUCGUUAAAAGAAACAAAAAGUAAUGAGACGGAUACAGGAGUCAAAUCUCGGAAUAAAACCGCUGCAAGUGUCAAUGAAAAAAGUCUUGGUGGGACUGACAAUUCUUUAAAGGUAAAACUUGCAGGGGAUCACAUUAAACAACCUGAUAAAGCUGAUUUGCUAAAAAAUCGCACAUCUAACAUUGACAGCAAAAAGGAUAUCCCAAAACAAAAAGAAAGAGGUCCAAAUUUCAAGAAUGCAACCAUGGAGGCAACAGAAAAGAAUCCAGCGCAUGAUUCAGCCGUACACAGAGUGCUGCACAUUGAUGCAACACAAAGCCCAAGAGAUCCCAGAGCUCUUGGGCAGUUUGGACACCCUGCUGCUGUCCCCAAGGACAAAGAAGAAGAGAUGAGAAAUCGGUGGAAUGAGGGUUUUUUUAAUGUGUAUCUAAGUGACCUUAUUCCAUUGGACCGGGGUAUCCCUGAUACCAGGCCUCAUGGCUGUUCUGAAAAAGCAGUACACGAUGACCUCCCAUCUACCAGUGUGAUUUUUUGUUUUGUGGAUGAGGUGUGGUCCACCUUAUUGAGGUCUGUGCACAGUGUUCUCAAUCGAUCUCCACCUCACCUCCUCAAAGAGAUCAUACUGGUUGAUGACUUCAGUACCAAAGACUACCUCAAAGAAAAAUUAGACAAGUAUAUGUCACAGUUUCCCAAAGUACGUAUUAUUCGCCUGAAGGAAAGACAGGGUCUAAUACGAGCCAGACUUGCUGGAGCAGCUGUUGCAACAGGUGAGGUUUUAACCUUCCUAGACUCGCAUGUGGAGUGUAAUGUGGGAUGGUUAGAGCCACUGUUGGAGAGAGUUCAUAUGGACAGAAAAAAAGUUGCCUGCCCAGUUAUUGAAGUGAUUAGUGAUAAGGACAUGAGCUAUAUGUUAGUCGACAAUUUCCAAAGAGGCAUUUUCAAAUGGCCUUUGGUAUUUGGAUGGAAGCCGAUCCCUGAAGAACUUGUAAAGAGAGAAAAUAUAAAGGAUUCAGACCCUAUAAGAUGCCCUGUUAUGGCUGGAGGGCUUUUUUCAAUUGAUAAGAAAUACUUCUAUGAAAUUGGGACAUACGACCCAGGACUCAAUGUGUGGGGUGGAGAAAACAUGGAAAUCUCUUUCAAGAUUUGGAUGUGCGGAGGAGAAAUAGAGAUCAUCCCUUGUUCGCGAGUGGGACAUAUCUUUAGGAAUGAAAACCCAUAUAAAUUUCCCAAAGACAGACAGAAAACAGUGGAGAGGAACCUGGCUCGAGUGGCAGAGGUGUGGUUGGAUGAGUACAAAGACUUAUUCUAUGGGCAUGGCUAUCACCGUCUUCUGGACCAGAACCACAUAGACAUUGGCGAUCUCACUGAACAGAUCCAGCUGCGGAAGAAUCUGAAGUGUAAAAGCUUCAAGUGGUACCUGGACAAUAUCUAUCCCGAUAUGGAGGCGCCUUUACUGAGAGCUGAAGGCCUGGUUUUCAAUCUUGGUACUAGAAAAUGCCUUCAUAUGGAGAACAAAAAGCUUUCAUUCAAAGUCUGUGAUCUUAGCCAAGAGAGCCAGCAUUUCAAUCACACUUGGUUGAGAAACAUCAGACAGCAAAAUCUUUGUCUUAGUGUGAAGAAUGGUGGAGAAAAUGUUGGCCUAGAGCAGUGUGACAAUGCAAAACCUCAUCUGCGCUGGCUGCAUAAAUCACUUGUUUUCAAUCCUUCUUUGGUGGACCAUCUUGUUUCAGAACAUCUUCCUCAGAGCAUGUGUUUAGAAGGUGAUCAUUCUGGAAAGAAAGUCUAUUUGAAUAAGUGUAAUCCUGACAACCAGUUUCAGAAGUGGCACCUAACAAACUAUUAUGCGGAAUAAGGCAGACCUCUGACCACAUGAGGAUUCAAAAGUCAACAAUUAAGACUUGGAAAUAAUGAGGAUGGUUUGCAGAUAAUCCUUUUGACAAGACCUUGAUUUUAUCUGGGGAUAAUGUUACGUGUUUUUAUGGCGGUGCUUUAAUUUUUUGUUUUCUUUGUAUUUGUUUUCCCGUUUAUUAAAUUGUUUACAUGCACCUCUGUGGACUAAGUUUGUCCAAUCAAUGUUCCUUACAGUUUUCUUCCAAAGUCACUCUUGAAGAUGAUCAUUUGAGUUAUAUUCUAAGUGGUACAGGUUUCUCUAGCCUGUAUCACACAGCUACAUUUUGGCAAAUGCAUUAAGGAAACUAAAACUUUAAGAUACAGUAUUUGAAACUGGUAUCAAAAACACUUGAUGAUGGGGUUUGUAUUUCCUGCUUAAUACUGGUCUUAUAUUUUAGAUGGGGUAGUUAAGGAUCUGUAAUCCCAAAGUAUAUAGCAAUGAAUGGGAACAAAAACUAAUUGCUUUGAAUUUUCCUGUUUCUGUUACUCUGUUGUUACAGGUGUGUUUUCUGUAGUAUUUUAGGAUUACAAUAAUGCACUGAAAGCAGGCAAUGCAGUUAACUCUUAAAUUUUGUAUAUUAUAAACAUUUGUAAAUCAUUCCUUUUCCAUGAAUCAGAACCCAAAUUUUUAAAACUUUCGAUGUACAAUAAAGAUUACGAUGACAGUGAAAGUAGAUUGUUCUGAAAACCUAUUUGAGUGUUGUUUGUUAUUUAAGCAGCUUACUGAAUAUUUGCAAACAGUGAAUUUUAAACAUGGGGCAUUAAGAUUUUCCUAAACAGAACUGUACAGAUUGAUUACAUUGUUAUAACAAUUUAAUGUGUGGUAGUAAAUAUACACAUGUUCUGGUCAUGCUUCAAAAACUGGUAAAUUACUUGAUGUGGAAAAGCAGGAGCUGAAUGGUUUUUAAAUAUCAGCUGCAAUGUUAGUUUCUCCUUAGUCUUUUUGGAAUUACAGACUUUUAAGGAGCAAUUAUUAUGCUCAGUUUGCAGUCUGCUUCUACCAUAAAAUGAUACAAGAAAUACGUUUUCCUCGUUGCUGCCACUAGAGGUCACUUAUGUCCUUAGGUAAACUUUAUUCACAGGUUUAAAAAAUGUUAAAGCAUACUUGGAAUUCAAUAAUCAUUACUGAAUGUGAUGUCUUUCUGAAUAGUUAUUUUCUAAGUGAAGAAAUAUAUAAAUACCUUUAUUUUUGGCUUUACGCUUUUUGUAAUUCUUGGUGUUAAUGCAUUGGCUUAAAGAAUUGCCUAUAUUUGGUUCAAUGAAAUACAACCUUUUCUAUUUUUCAUUUAAUUCUGUGAAAUUGGAUUAAGAAACUUGACUGUGGCUGAAUCCCUUUCAUUUUGCUAAGUAUGCAUUAGUGGAUGCUUUGUCAUUGUAUAUUGAUUUCUUAAUCCACAUACCUGUCUGUACCAUGUCUGUUACUGUGUAUUCAUUUAUAGAGUUGAGAUACUUAAAUAAGCAUUCUGAACAUUGCAUUUGAACAUCUACAUUUAAAAACAAAGCAUUUUACAUUUUUGUCAUUCAUAAUUGAGAACUAAUAAACAAGUAAUCUAAAACUCCA